AUGUCUUCGAUUGAUCCUGAGCAUUGCAGGGCGUCUGAGUUGAUAGCUCAGGCCCGGAAAAUCGCACAUGACUUCGAUUUCCCAGCGGCGGAUGUUCGUCGCGCCACAACUCAUUUCUUGAAGCAGCUCAAUGAGGGCCUUGGAGAAGAUGGUACUUCAAUGUGCCAGAUUCCUUCCUUUGUAACCAAACUUCCCAAUGGCUCCGAAAAGGGUGUCUGCUUGGCUAUCGAUCUUGGCGGCACCAACUUGAGGGUAUGCUCUGUUGAAUUACACGGAGACUCCACCUACUCCUUGACUCAAUCCAAAGCCGUCAUCCCCAGACAGCUGAUGGCUGCACCAACAUACAAGGAUCUCUUCAGGUUUAUCGCACUGCAGAUGAAGGAGUUUUUGGAGAAGCAUCACCCAGAAGACCUCACAACAUGGUCUCAACUCCUGAAAGAGGGAGAUGCAAUCACUGAAGAAAUAAGACAGAAGCACUGCAAGAGCCUUGGCUUUACUUUCAGUUUCACUUUCGAUCAACAUGCCAUUAAUAAGGGAACACUACUGUAUUGGACAAAGUCAUUCGGCAUCGCUGAUGCAGUCGGCCGCGACCCAUGUGCCAUGCUGCAGGAGGCUCUCGAUGAGCAACGCUUGCCUCUCCUGGUCACAGCACUGGCGAAUGAUACCGUUGGCACUUUGGCUGCGCGAGCAUACACAUCUCCGGGACGUUCCAGUAAUGUGAUAGGUGCCAUCUUCGGAACCGGCACCAACGGAGCCUACAUGGAGCGCAUUUCUCGCAUCACCAAGCUGCACUCACGUACAGAGUUCUCAGAUUCGGACUCGGAUGCUAUGAUGGCGCUCAAUACAGAGUGGGGAGGAUUCGACAAUAAGCUAGAAGUGCUGCCUUCAACAAGAUUCGACCGAGACUUGGACAGGGACUCUGUCAACCCGGACGAUCAGCAUUUUGAGAAGCGCAUAUCCGGCAUGUAUCUUGGUGAAUUACUGCGGCGCAUACUCAUCAACCUGUCACAGCCCGGACACAGCCUCUUUGACUUUGAAGUCUUGGGAGACUCCCCGCUUUACACGCCAGACAGUAUUGACAGCUCACUGCUUUCAGCAGUUGUCAAGGACUCAACUCCAGCACUUGAUAGCGCGCGGAAAGAGAUUUCAAGGGUGCUUGGCGCUACAGACGUAUCAGCGGAUGAUGCAAAGGCAAUGCAGAUUCUUUCCGCGGCUAUUGGACGUAGAUCAGCCAGGCUAUCUUCCGUCGCGAUUGCUGGUAUUGCUCUCCAGUCCGGACUGUUUACACCCAAAAGCACUACCAAGCCAGUAGCGACGACAUCACGAGGCCUGGGGAUCAACCUUCUCAAACCUUUCCUCUAUGGGGCACGAAGUCUGUGGAACCUGCUUACGAAUUGGCUUCACGUCAGAGUUCGUUUCACGAUUCCAUCAAAGGGCACAUCGCGCAUGGUACCGGGAUUAGGGGACGGGGGCAAUUAUCAGGCGGAAACUGAUGGCGAAGACUCGAAUGAAAUCAUUGAUGUGGGCGUCGAUGGUUCUUUGAUAGAGCACUUUCCCAACUUUGAAGAGCACCUGCGGGAAGCUCUGAGAGAAAUUCCGGAGAUUGGUGUUGUGGGCGACAAGAGAAUCAGGAUCGGCAUGGCAAGAGACGGUAGCGGUGUUGGGGCUGCUUUGAUUGCAUGGGCGGCGAGAGCAUAA